AUGUCAGUAAUACGUAGACGAAUCCUUUAUACGAUUCUCCUUGUUGCUGUUUCGUCGAAUUGCACGAAGCACAAAGUUUCAACAUUAAGAGAAAUUUUACAAAAGAGCAUUUUAGCGCCAUCUUGGCAGUUUCAGAGCAUCGAUCACAAAUGGAAAUGGCAUCAACAAUACAACGAUAAGGGCCUUCAAGCGUUGUCAAUUUUUGUUAAAGAAUUUGAGGCGUCGUAUAAAGCUGCAAAGCGCGAACUAGUGCUGAUGUUUGGUGAAGAAAGUUUAAUAGAAAGUCGCUUGAGACCCAUGGAAAGUAUCAGUCAAGAAUUGGACGAUGAUGGAAAUACGACUGUCAAGGAUCUCUAUGACGUAAUUACGUGGAGAGUGACAUUUCCCGCAGUUCAUCAGGCCAGUAUAAAGUAUCUAUUUGACACACAUAAAAACGCACAAGUUGUAAAAACCUGCAGCAGACUUGUAGCAAUGCUGUUCCAUCAACUUGUCCGCUGCAGGAUGUGUUCGUACUGCUUGUUCCCAGCUUGUUGACAAGUUCUCAACGGCUUUGUUGACAACCUGCUACAAGUUGAAGGUUGUUGAGCUCGACAGACUUGUUACAAGUUGUUUCAACAACUUGUUAUCGUCCUGCAAUUCAACAGUUUAUCAACAAGUUGUGAGUUACAAUAAUAAUAUAUGUUUGUGAUGUUGUCUCUGAGCGUGUCCACACCAUUGAACUAUAAAUAAACUGGAAGGCUAACUCGGGGGGAAAUUGAAGCCAGUGCAUUUUAGUUUUUCUGAGUUAUGAGCAGAAAUACUCAACACUGAACGUUGCGCUAUAUAUCAAACUGAAGCUAUUGAAAAACGCUAUUUGGUGUAGAAAUUUCAAGACUUUAGCUAAAAGGGAAAUAUUGAAAAACUACAAACAUAAUUACCGAUAAUUUGCCGUUUUGCAGUUGUUUUUGUAUUCUUUAAAUAUUUUUCUUUUCGCUGAAGUCUUGAAAUUUCCAUACCGAAUAGCAAUUUUCAAUAGCUUCAAUUUGAUAUAUAGCCCGACGUUUGGGAUCAAGUAUUUCUGCUCAUAACUCAGAAAAACUAUUUUGGCUUCGUCAAAUCAUAGGCCUUCAUCAUAGCAGUUAGCCCUCCAGUUUAUUUAUAGUUCAAUGCUCCACACCGGCAAGCUGACAUGCUUGAUCGCGGUGGAAAUCGAACUCGUGACCUUUGGUUUUGCUGGUCCAUCCGCGACCUUUGGUUUGUUAGUUAUAUCUGCACCUGAGUGCAUACCAGUGAACUCUAUAGGUAAACUGGAACGAUAACUCCAGUGAUCAAGUCCUAUGAUUGGUUGAAGCCAAAUUCGAAGCCCGGGAUGAACUAACUUUCAAAAGGACUAGGGAGAGUUUCGAAGAGCGGGAAAGUCAGUCGAACGCCUGCAUUCUAAAAGCUCACUCACGCUCACACUCAAAGAGUGGAGGUUCAAUCUGAGCUUCGCUUGAGUGUCAGUGCUGUUUUUGAAUAGCUGAAGGGUUAGUCUCGUACCUUACUAUGUGACUACUCACCCUCCAGUUAUUCAAAAACAGCACUGACACACAAGGGAAGCUCAGAUUGAACCUCCACUCUUUGAGUGGUAUCGUAGGUAUCAUAUCUUACGCCCGUAUUCUAAAAGCUCACUCACACUCAAAGAGUGGAGGUUCAAUCUGAGCUUCUCUUGAGUGUCAGUGCUGUUUUUGAAUAUUUGGAUGGUUAGUGUCGUAAUCAAGGCAAGCUCAGAUUGAACCUCCACUCUUUGAGUGUGAGCGUGAGUGAACUUUUAGAAUACAGGCGUUAAAAUACAUUGAUAUCGAAGGAACUAUAGACUCAGUUUCGAAAUAUCACGAACUCGAACCGACUUGACCUCGUAGCUCAUUUGGCAGAGCAUUGGACUAGUAUCCCAAAGCGGCAAAGCUUUCGGGUUUAAUUCCCACCGUGGCCAAGCAAACUUUUCAGCUUCCCCGGUGUGGAGGGACACUCAGCAUAACACCACAAACAUUAGUUUCUAAUAUUCCAUUCGUAUUUUUUAGCUGGUGGAUGCAAAAUUUCGUUUUAUAAAUAGCACGCGUUUUGGCGUCGCUAUUGUGAAAUGUUUUGGUGUGUGCCCACGAGCAGGGAGAUAUUCAGCCACAGGUUAUCGAGGGAUAACCCUGAUCGCAGAGAUUGAUGGGAAACCACUCGAGGUUCAGCUCAUGACGCCAUAUAUGGUCAUGUGGGCUGAUUGGGCGUAUGGUGUUUUACUUGAUGUAAGUAUGAGUUUGAAGUUCCAAUUCAGAUAUGAAGUACCAACCCGGAGUUUUCAUUUCGAAAGAUUUUUUCCUUUUUAAUUUAUGGAAAUUUUGGAUAUUAGAAGAGAAAAACGGAAAUCCAAAAUAGAAGGAAAUAUGAAAUAAAAUGUUGAAUUAUGAAAGGAAAAAAGAAGUAAAUUUCAUAUUUACUGAUUUUUUAUGUUGUGUGUGAAAGUCUUUAGAAAAGGUUGCACUAUUUUGGUUUAUUUUGUGUACUGGUCUAAGAAUUAGAUUGAAGACGAGUGCACGCGAGGUCAUGCACCAGCCAGCACUGAAACAGGAUCCUCUUGAUACGAUAUACUUUAUACCGAGUAUUUUACUUUCUUAGAAAUCUCUGGGAUCGGAAAAAGAUGUACAGAAAUACAGUCGCCAACUUUCAAAGUAUUACUACGAACUCGAUAGCCUACGCGACAAACGGCCCGCUUGUCCGAAAACUUUGCGCAAAACUAACAUGAAAUCGCUCAUGAAAGAAGCCAAAAUUUUCGACGCCCUAGGCGGUCCUCUUUCCGCCUGUCAGUUUUGGAACGAUCUCACUGUUAAUAAGAAUCUCAACACCGGUGCACGCCGGGAAGUGAUUGGCCAAGUGAUCGAGCAGAAGUCAAAGGGGCAUGGAAACGAGCCUAGUGUUAUAGAUAUUGAUAAAAUCUUGAAACCGGGGGAUCUUGAGGAAGGCAAGGGCAAGGGAAAUGGCAAAGAAUCGAAAGGAUCGAAAAGAAGUUCGGAAUGGCCCGUGUAUUAUUACUACUAACUAUAUAGCAAGCCAACAAUAAAAUAGCCAGUCACUGACCUGCACGUAUUACUGGACUAAACAAAGCUGGUCACAGAACUCUAUAUUUGGACUAAAUUUUACUUCUGAAAGGCCAGCCACUCACAGGACAGGAUUAUUUGCAAAAGCAGAAUGAAAUACUUGAGUUACUCAAGCUUCACAGUCAACUUCAUAAAUUUUCAUUUUUUUUCUCAGUCAGGCAAAAACAAGGAUCGUCAAGUAAUGCUCUAUUUUAGUUGCCUCUUAUCUCUUUCGAUACUAAUAAUAACCGG